UUCUCUAGAGGCUCACUAGCUCUUGGCACCCUUCCUAGAAGAUGGUUAAGACUUUGACUGCUCUCUUAAAUGUAUUGAUCUCUUUUGUUGGUAUGAUAAUAUUUCAUAGUUUAUUAUAAAAAAAAAAUUAAAAAAAAAAGUGCGCUUCGAAAACUAAACAGUUCUUUUUGAAAGCUCUGUUAGAAUUAGGGUUUAAUUAGGACCAAAUUAAUCACCUUUUUCAUACGUUAAGGAUCAUAUUUGUCAAAUGGUAUCAAGGAUCAAAAUAAAGCAAUCCCUAUGCAUUAGGAUCUUUUUUUUAAUCAUUUUCUCUUAUUAUUUUUUUGCUAGUAUUAUUGAUAUUUAUAUUUAACUUUUUUUUCUUUAUUUUAAUUUAUGCAUGACAUGCAUUUAAAUGAAGAAGUGAUCAUAUAGUUGACCCCAACUUGCUCGAAACUUAGGCGUAAUUAUUGUUGUAUUGUUAUCAAAAUACAACAAACUUCAAAUGUUGAUCCGAACAUCUCUCACUCACCAAUUUUCUUCUCCAUCACUCAAUUUCCUCCUCCUUUACCCCAUGAUCUAGUUUUUCUUCUUUUUUUUUUCUUUCACAAUAAUGAGUGCUUCUACUUCUUCUCAACGUUCUAACCGGAAUUUCUUUACUUGGUUCUUCAUCUUAUUAUUAAUCAUUUAUCUUAUUUACUCUUCAAACAUCAUUCUUAACAAAGAUGAUUCUUUAGAUUGUGCUACUACUUCAAACAUUUCCACCACUGAAUCCUUUUCCACGAACGCGUCUUCUUCGUUCACUCUUGAUCAAGAACAACAAGAAAAAACCGAAGAAUAUGUUCGAAAAAAGGAACCGGAAACCGAGCUCAAGCAUAUUGUGUUUGGAGUAGCUGCAUCAUCAAAUUUGUGGGAUAAAAGGAAAGAGUAUAUAAAGUUGUGGUGGAAACCAGGAGAGACAAGAGGGGUUGUUUGGUUAGAUAAACAUGUGAAAAUUGGCAGCAAUGAAGGUCUACCUGAUAUUAGGAUUUCAGGUGACACUUCAAAAUUUCUUUACACGAAUCGACAGGGGCUAAGAUCGGCUCUGAGGAUUUCUAGGGUUGUCUCUGAGACAUUAAGAUUGGGUUUGAAAGAUGUGAGAUGGUUCGUGAUGGGGGAUGAUGACACAGUAUUUGUUGUGGAAAAUGUGGUUAGAAUAUUAUCAAAGUAUGAUCACAACCAAUAUUAUUACAUUGGUAGCUCUUCAGAAAGUCAUGUGCAAAAUAUAUUUUUCUCAUAUGCUAUGGCUUUUGGUGGUGGUGGAUUUGCAAUUAGUUAUCCAUUGGCAAAAGAGUUGGAAAAAAUGCAAGAUCGUUGUAUACAAAGGUAUCCUGGAUUAUAUGGUAGUGAUGAUAGAAUUCAAGCUUGUAUGGCUGAACUUGGUGUACCCCUUACCAAAGAACGUGGAUUUCAUCAGUAUGAUGUAUAUGGCAACUUACUAGGCCUAUUGGGAGCACAUCCAGUGACACCAUUAGUCUCACUUCAUCAUCUUGAUGUAGUAGAUCCAAUAUUUCCAGGAAUGUCCAGAGUUUCAGGCCUUCAACGUCUAUUCGAAUCAGCAAAACUCGAUUCUGCUAGCCUAAUGCAACAGUCAAUUUGCUAUGACAAAGACAGAUAUUGGUCUAUUUCAGUGUCAUUUGGCUAUGUGGUGCAAAUAAUUAGGGGUAAUAUUUCACCUAGAGAACUUGAAAUGCCUACAAGGACAUUUCUCAAUUGGUACAAAAGAGCUGAUUAUACUGCCUAUGCAUUUAAUACUAGGCCUGUGACAAAACAUCCUUGCCAAAAGCCUUUUGUGUAUUAUAUGAAUACGGCGAAAUAUGAUCGGUCAAGAAAUCAGAUUAUUGGGAUUUAUUAUCGGCAUAGAGAGCCUGCACCUUAUUGCAGAUGGAAAGUUGAGUCACCUGAGAAUAUCAACAAUAUUAUUUUGUUGAAAAAGCCAGAUAGCAACCGAUGGAACAAGUCACCAAGGAGGGAUUGUUGUGGUGUUCUACCAUCAAACAAUAACUCAAAAACAAAUUUGUACGUGUGGGUAGGCAGUUGCAGAGAUGGUGAAAUCAGUGAAUUGUAGCUGUUAAGGAGAGGGGCUUUAGUUUGUUGCCCAACUCCUCCAUUUUUCUAGUUUAUCUUUAGUUCUAUUUUUGGGCCAUAAGAAAGAAGUGAUUGUUCUGCACCAAAAGAGAAGAUUUGAAUGUUGCAGAUCACUGAUCCAAGAAAGUAUGGCUUCAGAAGCUACGCGAACAUUGGAAGUAAAAUGAAGUUGCAGCCUGAAAUUUCCAAAUUCACUUUGUAAUUGUGACGCUAAUUUAACCAUUGUAGCUUUUUGUACAAGUCAAAUAUGUUAUCAACCACAUUACAGGUUAUAAAUCUGAUUUCCAAUCUCCAGGAAUACUAAUCUAAACA